ACCGAACAGCAACAAAAACCCAGAUACCAGCCUGUGAGGGGCUGCGACACAGAGUCCACACUCCGGACCCGGAGAAGGGACAGCUUUCCUUCCCUGAUGUUUCCCUUUCCCCUCGGAGCUCAUUGUCACAGGGACACGCGCCCUGAGCUGCACAGUGACGGGGUAAAUGUGUCCCUGCUGGUCUGAGCCCCGCAGGCCACGGGGACCCGCGUCUUCCCGAAGCUUCUCCGGAGCCCAGAUGACACGGUGGUGAGGACCCCACAGGGAGGUGCUGGUGGACUGGCUGAGGGUGCGGGGCCCCAUGGCGGAGGCUCUGACAGGGAAGGACGUGCCCUGGGCCACCCCACCUGGAAGGGACGUCUCAGGAGGCCCCGGGGCCUAUUUCCUGCUGCAUCAUGGAAACAACAGCCAGGCUCCCGGAGGGCACAGUUCCCCUUCUUGUGGGCCUGCUGACGUGACAACCACGAGACCGGGAAGGCCGGCUUCUUAGUGGCCACACCCUGCGUGUCUGUCCUGAGGGCACCAUGGUCUCCUCCAUCUGCACAACUGGGACCAGAGCAAGGAGACACCAUGACCUCCACCCUCGCGGCCCUGCUCUGCCUCGGGCUGAGUGUGGGCCUGAGGACCCCAGUGCAGGCAGGGGCCCUUCCCAAGCCCACCCUCUGGGCUGAGCCAGGCUCUGUGAUCCCCCGGGGGAGCCCUGUGACCGUCUGGUGUCAGGGGACCCGAGGGGCUCAGGAGUACCGUCUGAAUAAAGAAGGAAGCCCAGAGCCCUGGCUCACAAAGAAGCCACUGGAUACCGGGGACAAGGCCAAGUUCCCCAUCACACAGAUGACAGAGCACACUGCAGGGAGAUAUGACUGUCACUAUCUGAGCUCCAGUACAUGGUCAGAGCGCAGUGACCCCCUGGAGCUGGUGGUGACAGGAUUGUACAGCAAACCCAGCCUCUCGGCCCUGCCCAGCCCUUUGGUGGCCUCAGGAGGGAACGUGACCCUCCAGUGUGGCUCAUGGAAGGGAUUUGGCAGGUUCAUUCUGACUAAGGAAGGAGACCACAGGCUCUCCUGGGCCCGGGACUCACAUCAGCACCCCAGUGGGCAUUUCCAGGCCCUGUUCCCUGUGGGCCCCGUGACCCCCAGCCACAGGUGGAUGUUCAGAUGCUACGGCUGUUACAGGAACAAACCCCAGGUGUGGUCAGAGCCCAGUGACACUGUGGAGCUUCUUGUCUCAGGGACCCUCUCCAAACCUAUCCUCUGGGCUGAGCCAGGCUCUGUGAUCCCCCGGGGGAGCCCUGUGACCAUCUGGUGUCAGGGGACCCUAGGGGCUGAGGAAUACCGUCUGGGAAAAGAGGGAAGGACACAACCAUGGAAAAGACAGAGUCCACUGGAUGCCGGGGACAAGGUCAAUUUCUCCAUCACAAAGAUGACAGAGUAUGAUGCAGGAAGAUAUCGCUGUCUCUAUCUCAACCACAGUGUCUGGUCAGAGCGCAGUGACCCUCUGGAGCUGGUGGUGACAGGAUUCUUCAGCAAACCCAGCCUCUCGGCCCUGCCCAGCCCUGUAGUGGCCUCAGGAGGGAACGUGACCCUUCAGUGUGGCUCAGGGCAGAAAUUUGACAGGUUCAUUCUGACUAAGGAAGGAGACCACAGGCUCUCCUGGGCCCUGGACUCACAGCCACGCCCCGGUGGGCAUUUCCAGGCCCUGUUCCCUGUGGGCCCCGUGAGCCCCAGCCACAGGUGGAUGUUCAGAUGCUACGGCUAUUUUAAGAAGUACUCCCAGAUGUGGUCACCACCCAGUGACUCCUUGGAGCUCCUGGUCUCAAGUAAGUCUCAUCAGGCUUGGGGGCUCAUCUUAGAAGAGGAAGCCGUUUCUCCCGAGGGCCGGCCCGGGAGUGAGGCUGACGAGGGGCCGUGGCGACCACUCUCGGGCUCCGCAUCGGCUCAGAGCUGUGCCCGUCGGGGCCGGUGCGAUGGGCGCCUCACGCCUCGGGCUCGGCAUCGGCUCAGCGCUGCGCCCGUCGGGGCCGGUGCGAUGGGCGCCUCACGCCUCGGGCUCGGCAUCGGCUCAGCGCUGCGCCCGUCGGGGCCGGUGCGAUGGGCGCCUCACGCCUCGGGCUCGGCAUCGGCUCAGCGCUGCGCCCGUCGGGGCCGGUGCGAUGGGCGCCUCACGCCUCGGGCUCGGCAUCGGCUCAGCGCUGCGCCCGUCGGGGCCGGUGCGAUGGGCGCCUCACGCCUCGGGCUCGGCAUCGGCUCAGCGCUGCGCCCGUCGGGGCCGGUGCGAUGGGCGCCUCACGCCUCGGGCUCGGCAUCGGCUCAGCGCUGCGCCCGUCGGGGCCGGUGCGAUGGGCGCCUCACGCCUCGGGCUCGGCAUCGGCUCAGCGCUGCGCCCGUCGGGGCCGGACACUGGCCGCCCUCUGCACAGCUGGAGCCGAGAGGGGACCCCAUGGCCCCCACCCUCGCGGCCCUGCUCUGCCUCGGGCUGAGUGUGGGCCCGAGGACCCCAGUGCAGGCAGGUCCCCUGCCCAAGCCCACCCUCUGGGCUGAGCCAGGCUCUGUGAUCCGCUGGGGGAGCCCUGUGACCAUCUGGUGUUGGGGGACCCGAGGGGUUUGGGAGUAUCAGCUGGUUAAAGAGGGAAGCCAACUGCCCUGGAACAGACAGAAGCCACUGGAUCCCGGGGACAAGGCCAAGUUCCCCAUCACACAGAUGACAGAGCUACAUGCAGGGACAUAUCGCUGUUACUAUCUCAGCCCCCAGGGCAGGUCAGAGCCCAGUGACUCCCUGGAGCUGGUGGUGACAGGAGCCUACAGCAAACCCAGCCUCUCGGCCCUGCCCAGCCCUUUGGUGGCCUCAGGAGGGAAGGUGACCCUCCAGUGUGGCUCAUGGCAGGGAUUUGGCAGGUUCAUUCUCACUAAGGAAGGAGACCACAAGCCCCCCUGGACCCGGGACUCACAGCCACAGCCCAGUGGGAAGCUCCAGGCCCUGUUCCCCGUGGGCCCCGUGACCCCCAGCCACAGGUGGACCUUCAGAUGCUACGGGUGUGACAGGUACAGGCGUCAGGUGUGCUCACAGCCCAGUGACCCUCUGGAGCUUCUGGUCCCAGGUGAGUCUCAGAAGCCGACCCUCCUGACCCAGCAGGGCCCCAUCGUGGCCUCUGGGCAGAGCCUGACCCUCCAGUGUCGCUCUGAUGUCGGCUAUGACAGAUUCGCUCUGUCCAAGGAGGGGGGACAGGACCUGCCCCAGAGCAUUGUCCUGCAGCCCCAGGCUGGGCUCUCGCAGGCCAGCUUCCCCCUGGACACUGUGAGCAGCUCCCCCGGGGGCCGGUACAGAUGCUAUGGUGGACACAGGCUCUCCUCUGAGUGGUCGGCCCCCAGUGACCCCCUGGACAUCCUGGUGGCAGGGCACCUGCCUGACAGACCCGCCCUCUCGGUGCAGCCAGGCCCCAGGGUGGCCUCAGGAGACAACGUGACCCUGCUGUGUCGGUCACAGAGCCCGAGGGACACUUUCCUUCUGUCCAAGGAGGGGACAGCCGAUCCCCCCCUGCGUCUUAGAUCAAAGCACGGAGCUCAGCCAUCCCAGGCAGAGUUCCCCAUGAGUCCUGUGACCUCGGCCCACGGGGGGACCUACAGGUGCUACAGCUCAGUCAGCACCAACCCCCACCUGCUGUCCCAGCCCAGUGACCCCCUGGAGCUCCUGGUCUCAGAAGACCUCCCCAAACCCUCCAUCCAGGCCGACCCAGGCCCCAUCGUCACCAAGGGGAGCCCUGUGACCAUCUGGUGCCAGGGGUCUCCGCAGCCUGCUGUCUACGCUCUGUAUAAAGAGAGGGGCACUGAGCCCUGGCUGACCAGCACCCCACAGGACCCCAGAAACAAGACCGGCUUCCUCAUUGAACGCACGCACUCAUACCAUGCAGGGAUUUACCAGUGUGCCUAUUGCAGCACAGGGACCAUGUGGUCGGAGAGGAGUGACCCCCUGACCCUGGUGGUGACAGGAGUGUACGGUGCACCCUCCUUCUCAGCCCGCCCGAGCCCUGUGGUGGCCUCAGGGGGGAACGUGUCCCUCUCCUGCAGCUCACAGUCCACAUCGGGCACUUUCCACCUGCUGAAGGAGGGAGGAGCUGACCCGCCCAGACACAUGGAAUCGGAACCGAGGGUCUCUGCCGGGGGGUGGUGGGCUCUCUUCGCUGUGGGCCCCGUGAGCGCCUCCCACGGGGGGACCUACAGGUGCUAUGGUUCCUCCAGGUCUUACCCCUACGUGUGGUCAGAGCCCAGUGACCCUCUGCACAUCGAGGUCACAGGAGUGCACAGGGAGCCCUCCCUCUUGGCCCAGCCAGGCUCCCUGGUGCUGCCUGGAGACAGCCUGACCCUCCAGUGUCGCUCGGACGGCGGCUUUGACAGAUUUGCUCUGACCAAGGUGCAGAGGCUCACCGCCCCCCAGCGUCUUGAUGGGCAGCACAGCCCCAGCUUCCCUCUGGGCCCUGUGACCCGAGAACACGGGGGCCAGUACAGAUGCUACAGUGGACACAACCUCUCCCACGUGUGGUCGGCCCCCAGCGCCCCCCUGGACAUCCUGGUCGCAGGACUGUACCCGAAACCCUCCCUCUCAGCCCAGCCAGGACCCUCAGUGCCCUGGGGAGCUGAUGUGACCCUGCAGUGUGCAUCUGAGACCCGGUUCGAUACCUUCCACCUGCACAGGGAGGGGUCACUGGACCCUCCCCAGCACCUUCGUCUGCAGGGCAGGUUUGCACGCUCUCAGGCCAACUUCACCAUCAGUGCUGUGACCUCAGGCCAUGGGGGGACCUACAGGUGCUAUGGUUCACACAGCACCUCCCCCUACCUGCUGUCACACCCCAGUGACCCCCUGGAGCUCAGGGUCUCAGCCCCCCGCACCCAAGACUACACCGUGGGGAACCUCAUCCGGUUGUGCGUGGCUGGACUGGUCCUGGUGGUGCUCGGGGUGCUGCUGUUCGAGGCUCGAAACAGCCCGGGAAGGACCCACGAAGCGUCCAGGAGGUGA